CACUCCAGUUAUUGUUCUUCCCUACACUGCUGCACCAGCAACGUACACUCCGCCGCAUCACACAGUAGCCUGCAGAUCUGGCCAAUCAUAGCCUUGUAUUUGCUCACGUGUCUGUGUAUACACGCAGCCGUUAAAAAAGCCGCAUAUGACAAAACCAUUGCUCUUUUCGGCAGACAGCCAAGAGACCCUCACCAAUGGUACAUAGCACAGUAAACAUUUACAUACAUCGAAGUGAGUUUUGAUGCAUAUAUACGCGUGAAUCAAUUUGUCCACAAUUUUGCACCAAAAUCAAACACGUGAGCUCAUAACUGUUAAAAUUUAUUUUACCUUAUUCAUGUUUUAUUUAAAACUAGCUCAUUGAAACAAACAAUAUGAAGAAUCUUUUGUUUUAAAACAGCUCUUUUGCUGUUUCCAAAUGAUCAAUAUCAUUUUUUUGGUUUGAUCUUAAAGGUUACUGAGCUCUCUAACUAUGUUAACUUCAAAUGAUGCAAAAGUUAAUCUGCAAAAAAAUCACCAAAAUGAUGCAAAAGCCAAUCCAACAGCCUCUCCAAAUGGUGUUUCUUUAAAAGGAAUUUUUAAAUCAUUGAAAAGAGUUCCAGUUCCAGAAGACACCAGGAAAAAAUUUCAAAAAGACCCGAAAAAUAAUUCUCGAGUUUCAAACAAUCAAUUGAAAAAUUCAAGAAACGACUUCAAAUUAUUCAAAUCACCUUUAGAAGAGGUUUGUCAAUAUUAUGAUCUAAAAGUAAUCCCAAUUAAAAGAACUCCAAAUCCAAAUCCAAUUUGUUAUUACACUCAUAGUAAUUCCAAUAACCAAAUUAAUUUUCAUUCUGAUAAUUUUGAAAUAGCCGUUAAAUUACCCACUUUAGUUACAAAUAGUGUAACUUAUCUUCUUGAUAAUAGAUAUGAAAAAACUAGAAAAAUUUUUAGAUUAAAUGGUUCCUCGAACAAUAUAUCUACUCUUGAAAAAAUGUAUGAGAAAGAUCCUCAAAAAGAUUUAAAAACCAUUAAUAAAUAUAUUGAAGAGCAUAACCAAAAAAUUGAGGAUAACCUAAAAAAAAGCCGAGGUAAUGACGAUAAUAACAUUUCCAAUGAUGACGAUAAUUAUGCCAGCAAUUUUAAUGAUCUGGCUAAAGAAUCUGGGAGUGAUUUUAAUAAUUUAUUGUUGAAUUUUAGAAAUUUUUUUUUGAAAUGUUUUUCUGAAAACAAACUGUUUUCAUCAUCAUUUAAAGACCUGAGUUUUAGUGCUUUGGAUCAUUCUAAUAAUGAUAUUCCAAUCACUAAUUAUGAUAUCAUUAAUUUAUUGAAAAGGUAUUUAAAUUCUUUACCGUCUCCAGUUUUUCCUCCAGAUUUCAUUGAUAUUAUAGUAAAGGAAUUAAAAGACCACAAAUAUUUUGAUUUAAUAUCAUAUUUAAACGAAGACACAGAAAUAUCUACAUCAAUUGAUUUAUAUAAUCCUAUUCCCGAAAACCAUAAAUGUUCAAUUGCAAGAUAUUUAUAUUUUUUUUCAAUUAAAUGUUUGGAAUUACCAAAGGCCAAUUUAGAUUUGCUAAUUUAUUUUCUUUAUUUUUUAUCCCCUUAUUCAAACUGGAGAACUUAUCAUUCUAUUUUGGAAUUAACCACUAUUUCAACCCAUAGUAUAUCUAAAAUUCUUCAUCCCUGUUUUUUCAUGAAUCACUUAUUUAAUGCAAAUCCUUCUUCAAAUAAUAUAAAAGGAAAAAAAAAUGCUAAAAACAAUGCUAUAAAUAUCAAUAUGAUUAUUGAUACGAGUGAUAACAUCAAUUUACAGGUUCAAAGAGCUAUAAUGAAUAUGAUAUUUGAUUCUUCUAAUUAUUUAAUCAACCAUUUAGUUGAUAUAGAUAACGCUUUUGGAACCAAAAAGAUUUCAAUCCCUGAUCCAAAUUCAAUAACAAAUAAUAAUGGUUGUUUUCCGAUAUUUGACAAUUCUAGUAGAAGAUCAAUAAACGGGUGUAGAAAUGAAAAAAAGCUUCAAACAAAAGCUGACCAUCAUAGAAAACCCAAUUAUCAAGCAAGUGAUCCAGAAAAGAUAAGAGUAGAAAAUAUAAAAGAAGGAAACGGAAAAUAUGUAGAUGGUAAAAGAAUUCUUUAUAUGAACUCUGAAAAUACCGGUGAUUUGAAAUUGAGCGACGAAAAGGAAAAUUGCAAAAGUAUUCUAGUAACGACUAACAGCGAAUCAUAUAAUUCAAAUGAUAAGUUGGUGGAAGAUAAAGAUGCUCCAUUAAUGGAAAAUACAUUGCAUAAAAAAGAGUUUAUUUUUAGUGAAGAUUUUUCUAUAAAACAGAAAUUUUAUAAAAAGGUUACUGGUUCUUCUGAAAAACAAGAUUCUCUUGGACCUCCUUUGCCUCCUAAAAAUUCUUUGCCUUUAAAGAUCCUUUAGCUCCUGUCUAGCAAUAAAUGAUUAAUCCGGAAAAAGCAUCUGUGGGAUUUUUAUAGUUAUUUUAUAUUUUAUUUAAUUUGUUUAUUUAAUUUGCUU